UGCUAGGGCAGCAUCCACGUCCUUUUUUCCUCUGGAUUCCCGGGGCACUUCCAAAUGCGCUCCUACGCCCGCACCGCGCCUCAUAUUGGCAAGCGGGGCGGGAGGCGGAGAGCGGCUCAGGGACAAGAUCGCGCAGAGGAGCCGGGACCCUUCAGAGGGCCCCACUCCCGGGCUCCAGACCCCACCGAAGGUUGGAGAACCCACUUCCCUCGUGCCGCACCUUGACUCCAGGGAGAGUCGGUAGUGAGUGACCUGGAUUGCCCUGUGGGGGCAGGUGGCUCGGUAUGUAGGGAGCGGACGGCAACACUGGGCGUCCCUGGCAGGUCCGGGUGUCUUGUCUCCUAAGAGGACAGAGAAGGGCAGCCACGAUGCCCUCGCGAACCUCUCGGCACUGGGUGAGAGGCAACUCCAGCCAACUCUCGCUGCCCUCCCGCCCUCUCUCGGCCGCUCCCAGUCCGGCCGGGCUCCGCGCUAGCCGAGCGAGGAUGGGCUCCACUGCGCGAUCGCGCAGAAGCAGGUAGGGCCUCACCUUCUGCAGAUGUGUGCGGCUCGCCGCCUGUCCCCUCACUCUUCCUGUCUUCACCCCUGCGGCCCCAGUGGCCUGGAGCUUCCAGCCCUGUUCUCGGCCGCGGCUUGGCGAGGCUAGGCUGCGGGGGAGCUGGAAUCCAGCGCUCGGCCAGCUAAGCCUGAGCCGCGGCCAGCGGCGGGCGGCAGUGAAGAGGUGCGAGGAUGAGGAGGACCGAGUCGCCAAGGGAGCGAGGUGACUGGACUGGAGGGCACACUGCCGGAGUUAAUUUGCUCUUGUUUCAGCUUCCACUACGGGACUGGAGCCAGAAACCGUGUAUCCUCCGGUCUUAAGUGGCGGUUCCCACUUCGGGGCUCCGAUAAGGAUUAUGAUAAACGGGAGCGAAACGCGCCUGUCCUGGCUCGGCGCCCGGGGCCCUUCACUGCGGGAUGGCUAGGGGAGGGGAAUGGGCGCUACUCCCCUUUCCUGGCCGCAUUCCCCCCUUUCGCGUCACCUUUGCGCCUCCAGACCCAAGACAAGUGAAGGAGCCCUGAGCCGCAGCCGCCUCAUCUCCGGGGCCCUCGGAGCGGUCCUAGGGUUUUCCAUCUUUUUUGAGGGCAGCAGAGCAAGAAAAAGACUCUUACGUUUCCAAUGUAUUUUGUAAAAACUAAUCACAAUGCCAGUAACCACUGAACCAUCGAAAAACAAAGCUAUAGACAGCCCCUCUGCAGGCGCUCUUGGGUCCGGAGCCGGCGAGGGAACUUGUGUAUUUUACAACUGCGAUGCCUAUCGGGAAUGUGGCAAUCGCCGAGGUGGGGCUGGACAGUAAUCUUGACAAAUGUGUGAAGUGUCAGCUCCUUCUGCGCGCCUUAGCCCGGUUCUGCGCAGUUUUGUACCGCAUAUGCCGAGAAACUUGGGAGCAGGGGGAAAAUGAUUUCUACACACCCGGCUACAGUACCUGCUUCCUUAGCGGGCUGGCGGAAAGAGGCAAGGAGCAGGAAUGGGAGCGGGAAGAACGUUGCGUAAUUAGACUCCCAAUUAUUGGCGAGAGCGGCCGCUUUAAGAAUUACUGUGGGGACUGCCUGCGAAACGCCUUGAAGGCCGCUGUGUGAGCUGCGGCGCUGGGCUGGUAGCCACUCCAGGGUGUCCGCCCUCUUCGACCUGCCUGGGUUUUUGUGCUGCAGAAUGGCAGGGCAAACAGCGUGUCCUUCACCAUGCAGAGUCCCUUAAGGAGUUGUCCAAUUCCUGUUGGACUAAUCGUUUUGAGAUUCGUUUACUUUUCGUGCCUGGGUUUGCUUUCUGGCUGCAGGCUUCUUUUAGGGACCAACAUGUAAUUAAAAUAUGUGAACCAAUGCAUUGAAAGUUGGUGUUGUCACGUAAGUGGCUGUUGUAGCUUUCCUGAGUGCCUCACAAGGGCGGUGAGGAGGCUCUCUGCUGAUGAUUCUGCCCACCAGUUCUUAAAUUUUGUGUUUCUUUGGUUUAGCAGAGCAAUUUCUUCCCCCAAAUGCAAUAUGGGCAGAACAUUUGGAAUAUUCCUUUUAACAAUGGUCCCUCAAGAAAUGGGCAGAUUAUUUUGUUCCAAAACGAUCAUGUGUCGAUAAAUAUGUUAAUGUUUAAUAAUAGUUUGCUUUCUAAA